GUUAAGCGUUGAGAGCGCGUGGUCGUGCGCUUACUUGAGCUCAGAUCUUUGUGUUAGUGUAUAUCGUUUGUCCUUUGUUGGACAGCGUUGCAUCAAUUGUGUCACUGUUGAUUCGGUUUAUUCAUUUUUAUUUUACAAAAUUUGUAUAUUUCCCUCACCAAGCGGCCCUUUGUUAGUCAACGUUACAUCAUUUUCUUUGUCACCGUUGAAUCGGUUUAUUCACUUUUGUUAUAUUCCACAAAAUUUCCCUCUUCAAGAAAUUAUAUUACCGUAUAAUCAGGGCUUUGUUCCUUCCGAAGUCAAAGAAGAAGAAACGUGUCCCGUAGCUGUGUUAAAGAGGCUGUGCGUCCGUUAAAAUGGGUACCGUGAUAUCAUGGUUACGACUAUCCAUUAUAAUAUUUGGAUUGUUUAUAUCAACUAGCCGUUGCCAUAAACGCGAUAUGUUUCAGAAUACUUUAGGCCAUAUAAAACCACGAGCGUCAUCGGAAGUUCAGGCGAAAGCAGCUGAAAAUGUUGCAGAAAGACUGCUGGGCAAAGAGAGAUCUAAAUUGUUUAUUAUGAAAGUAGAUGUUAAUUUGGGUCCUGAUGGCAAGGAUACUUUCAAGAUAACAAAAAAUUCUCUAGGCAAGAUCGAAAUUUGCGGCACUUCCGGUGUCGCGGUCACAUGGGGUUUGCAUUAUUAUUUGAAAACCUAUUGUAAUGGUCACAUAUCGUGGGACGGUACACAAAUUGAUCUACCUAACACAUUGCCAAACGUUCGAGUUAAAAUCACAUCUAACGACAGGUUCAGAUAUUACCAGAAUGUGUGUACUGCGGGUUACAGUUCAGCCUGGUGGCAGUGGGAUCAGUGGGAAAAAAAUAUCGACUGGAUGGCUCUUAAUGGAAUCAAUCUUGCUCUCGCUUUUACCGCUCAAGAGGCGAUCUGGCAAAAAUUAUAUCGAGAAUUUAAUCUCACCGAAAAUGAGAUUAACGAGCAUUUGGGCGGACCUGCCUUCCUACCCUGGAUGAGAAUGGGUAAUAUUCGUGGUUUUGGUGGGCCGCUAUCGUCAAAUUGGCAUAAUCGCACCAUACGUUUACAACAUCAGAUUCUUCGAAGAAUGAGAGAUCUUGGAAUUGUUCCGGUAUUACCAGCAUUCGCCGGCCAUGUACCACGAGCUUUUGCCAGACUUUUUCCAAACGUUAACAUGACGAAGAUCGAUCCUUGGAACAAAUUCAAUGAUAAAUAUUGUUGCCCUUAUUUAUUAGAACCAACACAUUCACUAUUUAAAAUCAUUGGACAGAAAUUCCUACAAAUGUACAUUGACGAAUUCGGCACCGAUCAUAUUUACAAUUGUGAUACUUUUAAUGAAAAUGAACCCAGUAAAAGUAAUCUUACUUAUUUGAGAAACGUUGGCCGAUCAAUUUUUUCGGCUAUGAACGCUACCGAUACUAAAGCGAUCUGGUUGGUGCAAGCUUGGUUAUUCGUGCACGAUUCCACAUUUUGGACGGAACCCAGAGUUAGGUCCUUUUUAACCUCAGUGCCUACGGGGCGAAUGCUGGUAUUGGAUUUACAAUCGGAACAAUUCCCACAAUACAGCCGAUUCCAAUCAUAUUAUGGUCAGCCAUUUAUUUGGUGUAUGCUUCACAAUUUCGGCGGUACUUUGGGAAUGUUCGGAUCUGCACAGAUCAUUAAUCAGCGCACAUUCGAGGGUAGGAAUAUGAAUGGCAGCACGAUGGUGGGAACCGGCCUAACACCCGAAGGCAUCAAUCAGAACUACGUAAUAUACGAAUUAAUGAAUGAGAUGGCGUAUCGUCACGAACCCGUGGAUCUCGACGCUUGGUUCGAAAAUUACGCUACUCGAAGGUACGGCGCGUGGAACGAAUACACGACGGCUACUUGGCGAUACCUCGGUAGAACAGUUUAUAACUUUAUCGGUCCGGAAAGGAUCAGAGGGCAUUACGUCAUUACCAGACGGCCAAGUUUAAAUAUUUCACCAUGGAUUUAUUAUGAUCGGGAAAAUUUCUAUUUUAUGUGGAAUGUGUUUUUAAAAGCAAGAUACGGCAGAGGAAAUAAUACUCUCUACCGACAUGAUGUGGUCGAUAUAACGAGACAGGGUCUCCAAUUAAUGGCUGACGGUAUCUAUACGAGAGUAUUAAGUAGCUAUAAAAAAAAGAACAUCACUACUUUUCGAUCACACGCAAGCGAUAUGUUGGAACUGUUUGACGAUCUCGAAUCUAUUUUGGCGUCGGGAAAUAAUUUUCUACUGGGUACCUGGUUAGCCCAGGCGAAAGAUAUGGCCGUCGACGAAGAAGAGAAACGUUCUUACGAAUAUAAUGCGAGAAAUCAGAUUACUCUGUGCCCAAAUGGCGAGAUCAGAGACUACGCGAAUAAACAGUGGUCGGGAGUGGUCGCAGAUUACUUCAAGUCUAGAUGGGCGCUCUUCCUGACGGCCCUCGAAAAAUCGUUGGUCCAAGGAACUAAGCUCAACAUCAGCGAGAUUAACGACAGGAUAUUUCACGAGGUCGAGCAGCCUUUCACCUUUUCUACGAAGCUUUAUCCGACGGAGUUAAAAGGUGACACUAUCGACAUAGCGAUGAAAAUAAUUUCCAAGUGGUACGCAGAGAAUCAUCGUCAAACGCAAAGAUACAUUGAAAGAAAAUUGAAAAUAUAAUUCGUGUUUUUAUCUAUUUAAACAGAUAACAGAUAUACUUACAUUUUGUAUGACGAAAAAAAUUAUUUGUAUCAAUAAAAUAAUUCUUAAUAAGACAUAUCAGAUAUACAUUUUAGGAACAUUAAAAGUCCUGAGAGAUAUCAGUUUUUUGUCAUUUGUAAGGAUACAAUAAUCUUUUCUUAAUAAAAAAAUAAGUUAUAUUGCAAGA